UGUAUGCCUCAGUUAGGAACGAAGAACAUCCCUCUGUCUCUUCUGUUCCACAGUGUGUUGAAGCUGUAGCACAUGCCGUGAGGCGAUGAGGAGGUUUUUGUUACUCUAUGCUACACAGAAAGGACAAGCGAAGGCCAUAGCGGAAGAAAUAUGUGAAAAAGCAUUCGUACAUGGAUUUUCCGCAGAUCUUCACUGUAUUAGUGAGUCAGAUAAGUAUGAUCUGAAAACUGAAACAGCGCCUCUCGUUGUGGUUGUUUCCACCACGGGCACUGGAGACCCACCCGACACUGCGCGCAAGUUCGUGAAAGCAAUACAGGACAAGGCCCUGCCGGGAGACUUCCUUGCUCAUCUGCGCUACGGAUUACUGGGGCUGGGUGAUUCCGAAUACACGUACUUCUGCAACGGCGGGAAGAUCAUUGACAAGCGACUUCAGGAGCUGGGUGCCAGACAUUUCUACGACACUGGCCAUGCGGAUGACAGCGUGGGUUUAGAACUUGUGGUGGAGCCAUGGAUUGAUGGACUCUGGGCUGCCCUCACGAAACACUUUACAUCCAGUAGAGGAAAAGCGGAGAGGACCGGCGCUCUCAGGGUGGCAUUGGAUGCCUCCCGAAGGAUGGAUCCUCUGAAACCAGAAUUACGACACAUUGAAUCACAAGUUGAACUUCUGAGAUUAGGUGAUCCAGGGAGAAGGGAUUCUGAGGCGUGGGGACAGAAUGCAGCGGACGGAAGUCUGUCAGGUGCUCCAGCGGCGGAGUCGGAGUCCGAGUCCUCGCUCACCCGCUCGGAACCGCCGCUCUCACAGGCGGCCCUGAGCACCCCCGCCGCGCCGCCCGAGUACCUGCACGUGCGCCUGCAGGAGUCUCUGGGCCGGGAGGAAAGCCAAGCAUCUGUGACUUCAGUGGAUCCAGUUUUUCAAGUUCCAAUUUCAAAGGCAGUUCAACUGACUACAAAUGAUGCCAUAAAAACCACUCUUCUGGUGGAAUUGGACAUUUCAAAAACAGAUUUUUCCUAUCAGCCUGGAGAUGCCUUCAAUGUGAUCUGUCCCAACAGUGAUUCUGAGGUACAAAACCUUCUCCAAAGACUGCAGCUCACGGACAGAAGAGAACACUGUGUCCACUUGAAAAUUAAGGAAGACACAAAAAAGAAAGGAGCAGCCUUACCCCCGCAUGUACCUGACGGACGCUCUCUCCGGUUCAUUCUGACUUGGUGCCUUGAAAUACGAGCAGUUCCUAAAAAGGCGUUGUUACGAGCCCUCGUGGACCACACCAGCAACGGGCGGGAGAAGCGAAGGCUGCAGGAACUGUGCAGCCGGGAGGGCGCGGCCGAUUACAACCGUUUCGUGCGGGACGAGCGCACCAGCUUGUUAGACCUCCUCCUCGCUUUCCCGUCCUGCCAGCCGCCGCUCCGUCUCCUGCUCGAACAUCUUCCUAAGCUCCAGCCCAGACCGUAUUCAUGUGCGAGCUCAAACCUGUCGCACCCCGGGAAGCUUCGUUUCAUUUUCAACAUUGUGGAGUUUCUGUCUAACACCACGGAGGAGGUUCUGCGGAAGGGCGUGUGCACAGGCUGGCUGGCCGCGGUGGUCGCAUCAGUUCUUCAUCCAGACGUGCGAGUGUCCCGUGCUGAAGGCGGGAAGGCCCCGGCUCCAGAGAUAUCUAUCUCUCCUCGAACAACCAAUUUUUUCCACUUACCGAGUGACCCCUCUGCCCCCAUCAUAAUGGUGGGUCCGGGAACUGGCGUAGCGCCCUUCAUUGGUUUCCUGCAACACAGAGAGAAACUCCAAGAACAAAAUCCAGAUGGGCACUUCGGAGCAAUGUGGUUGUUUUUUGGCUGCCGACACAAAGAUAGGGAUUAUUUAUUCAGAGAAGAGCUCAGACGUUUCCACCAGCGCGGAGUCCUAACUCACUUGAAGGUUUCCUUCUCAAGAGAUGCUCCUAUUGGGGAGGAGGACGCCCCAGUGAAGUACGUGCAGGACAACAUCCGGCUUCACAGCGAGCAGGUGGCGAGGCUCCUUCUUCAUGAGCGCGGCCACAUUUACGUGUGUGGAGAUGCUAAGAAUAUGGCCAAAGACGUCAAUGACACCCUUGUGGAGAUAAUCAGCAAACAGGCUGGAGUUGAAAAGCUAGACGCACUGAAAACGUUGGCUACUUUGAAAGAAGAAAAACGGUAUCUUCAGGACAUUUGGUCAUAAAAUCAGAAAAUAAAGGAAGAGCAUGAUGCUUUUUUUGGCUAAAAGUAGUAAAAGACUGUUUGGCUGAAACCGACUUUCCAUUUUUAAAAUUAAAAAA